AUGCGACUCUCGAUCUCACGAGCCGUCCUUCUCGGUCGCAUAGCAAUAUAUCUAUGCACUUUGACGAAUGCUUAUGCCUUUUCUUGGGGUAGUCGUCGGUUCAAUGGAGCAGCCAACUCGCUGUUGAGAAACUCCGAAUUGCGCGAGGUUCACCAGAUUGACGACUCCCUCACCGAUGUGUAUGCGACAGUGCUUAGCGAGUUGCAAGAUCUCGAGUCCGAGCCCCUCUGCCACCGCAACGCCGCCCGCCUCCUUGUUAGUCACUGCCAAAUCCUAGAUGGAAAGAACGAAGCCACCGUUCUGACGGAUAGUGGAAGAACCGCAAGAGACUUUGUUGACUCGUAUGCCGCAAGUUUGGCCAUAUGCGAUCUCGAGAGAGGCAGCUUCACCAUCCCUUCUAGUUGCGCAAACUUUCGCGAGACCGCGCUUGCUAGAAUAGCCAUCCCGUCCACACCUCAGCUACAUGUCUCAUCGGUCGAGAUAGACAAGUGCCUCGAAGGGCUGGCGCAGUCGGAUUCAGCUUGGAACACGUGGGUCAGCUAUCGACACAAAGCGCUGCGAUUCUGCGAUGCUGCACGCGUGGAUAACGAGAAAGAUCGCGACAUUCUACGAUACCAACGACUCACGAAUAUUCUCGCUCGGUUGACCAAUGAAAUCGACACUCAUUUGGAGGCUCGUUUGAAGUCUAUGGACGAGACAUUUCAGCGAACCAAAGACGACUUGGCGGAGAUCGCACCGCGAAUUGAUGCUGUCAAAAAAGGCCUGGGCGAGGUUGAGAACGCUGUUUCCGACGGGCUUGUUCACACCCUGCAGAAUGCGCAAGAAAUGCUGCACCGAGGGUUCUCAGACGCUAGAGACCUACAAGACCUGUUAUCGACCAUGCUUCAAACGAUCACUCAAAAUACAGACGAUAUCACCGAGGCCCAGGCGACUGCGUUGCAGCUCGUGAGGAAACAAGCAAGUGACGAGGCAGAUCUCGUCAUGAGUUCGUUAACGGCGGCUAUUGCAUCUGCCGGGUCGCUGCAUAGGGAAUUGGAAAGUUCUAAAAUACGGGCUGCAGAUAUAGAGAAGAAACAAGAUGAUGUGGAGGCCAAAAUGCAUCGGCUUGACUCGCUGGUCACCGGAAUAUCCUCUCGAUACGAAGACCAAGGCGAGCAACUUCGGGAGGCAGAGAGGCGAGCGAAGGAAAUAUUGGUGACACUUUACACUGCGGCAAAUUCCGCCGAUUCGAUCCAAAAUUCCAUAACGAGACGACUUGGCAUCCAAAGCUGGGGGCCAUAUCUUUAUUGUCCUGCGGCCACAUUAAUGCUGGGCUCGUAUAGGCUCCCUCCUUCGAUGACCAGAAAUAUGGCUUUGAUCGCCCUGGGAGAAAUUGCUGGCUAUAUUGUUUCCAACAUCGGCAAACAGUUUGACAUCUUUGUCAAGUCAGCGACUACUGCUGUCGCGACGCCCCUGUUGACCACGUACAACACCACUUCAGCAGCACCUAGUUGGCUCACUCUGAAAACUCUAUCUCUUGAGGACGAAGAAGCUCAAUGA